AUGUGCUCAGACCAGCCUCCCUUUGGUUUGUUGUGUUUUUGUGUUUCUGACUCUCCCUCUUCAGGACGUCACCUGGGCUGUCCUUUGUUGUUCGAUGGAGCAGGAGGAGAGGUUGCACAGACAACCCAGUCAGGACAGAUCUCUCUGGAUGAUGAUACAUUCUACAGUGCUUUUCCAUCUGACCAUGGGGUCAAACUGCUGCAGGUACAGUACACACUCAGCGUUACAGACAUACACAUGUCUUAGUGUGCUGUGAAAUUCACAAUGUUUAGCGUUGUGUUUUAAAUGCAGGUUUUGCUGCAUGAGACAGGACAUGUACUGGGACUACCCCACUUGUCUUUCCCUGACUCAGGGAUGCACCCUCUGUACCCCAUCAAUGGCAACCCUAUGGAGAUGGGUUGGGAGGACAGAAAGGCCAUCCAACAGCUAUAUUGUAGGUAA